AUGAUCACCUCCAUCGUGACGAGCCCCGCGCUCGUCUCCAUCAGAUCCACCAACCGGGCCGCCGCCCGUCGCCGCGCCCGCCCGAAUUUCGGCACCGUCGCGAAAUCAUCCGGUUCGGGAGCCGAAGAUGCCGCGACCGUCUCCGCCGGCACCCUCGCGCCGAGCCGUCGCGGCGCCCUUCGCGGCCUCGCCGGCGCGCUCAUCGCCGGCGUUGCGCUGAACUCCCCCGCCCCGGCGCAGGCCAAGAAGGCCAACCGCCUCUCCGACCUCUCGCAGAUCACCCUCUCAGAGUCCGAGCAGGCGUACCAGCAGAGCACCCUCAACCUCAUCGCGCAGACCAGCGCCUUGGUCCAGGGCCGGAGCAAGGACGUCAGCGGAUGGCUCGCCUCCUCCGACGAGUGGUACAGCGGCGCCAAGACGGCGUACUCGCCCAAGUCCCAGGGCCGCAGCUUUCUGAUGACCACAAAGCUCGUCGCCUACCUGAAGAACUCCUUUGCCACCCUCGACGGCGCCGCCGAGUUUGACCCGGCGAACCCGCCGUUCGACGCGGCGAAGACGGCGGAAUGGAUCCAGUACGCGGAGGGGUUCACGUCCGGCGCGCUGGCGGGCGACGAGGCCAGGGCGGCGUUCGCGAAAGCCACCUGGGGUAACUACGAUAAGAGCGCGCCGCUGAACCGGUUCGGGCUGUGCGCAUUCGGGGAAACCGGCGGGACCAAGGCGCUCGGGGUCAACUGCGACGGGUACUGA